GCCGUAGGGGCGGCGGGGGCCCUGAGGGAGGGCCCGGGCGGGUGAGGGUCGGGGCCCGCGGGGCCUGUGAGGGGAGCCCCGGGCUCGAGCCGCUGUGAGGAGAGCGGCGCCCCGCCGGCAUGGCGCACCUCAGGGAGUUCGCCAGCCAGCACUCUAGGGUGGAUCCCGAGGAGCUGUUCACCAAGCUGGAGCGGAUCGGCAAAGGAUCGUUUGGUGAAGUGUACAAAGGGAUCGACAACCGCACCAAGGAGGUGGUUGCUAUCAAGAUCAUUGAUCUGGAGGAGGCGGAGGAUGAAAUUGAGGACAUUCAGCAGGAGAUCACGGUGCUCAGCCAGUGUGACAGCCCCUACAUCACCCGGUACUAUGGCUCCUAUUUGAAGGGCACUAAGCUGUGGAUAAUCAUGGAGUACCUGGGAGGAGGUUCAGCCCUGGAUUUGCUAAAACCAGGGCCCUUGGAGGAGACUUACAUAGCUACUAUCCUGAGGGAAAUCCUAAAGGGCUUGGAUUAUCUACACUCUGAGAGGAAGAUCCACAGGGACAUCAAAGCUGCCAACGUGCUGCUUUCGGAACAAGGAGAUGUGAAACUGGCUGACUUCGGGGUGGCCGGACAGCUGACAGAUACACAAAUCAAGAGGAACACCUUUGUUGGGACUCCAUUCUGGAUGGCGCCCGAGGUUAUCAAACAGUCUGCUUAUGACUUCAAGGCAGACAUCUGGUCCCUUGGAAUUACAGCCAUUGAACUAGCAAAGGGAGAGCCUCCAAAUUCUGACCUGCAUCCUAUGAGGGUUCUCUUCCUGAUCCCCAAAAAUAACCCUCCAACACUCGAGGGUCACCACAGCAAGCCCUUCAAGGAGUUUGUGGAAGCCUGCCUCAAUAAGGAUCCUAGAUUUAGGCCAACAGCUAAAGAGUUGCUAAAGCACAAAUUCAUCACACGCUACACGAAGAAAACCUCAUUCCUCAUGGAGCUGAUCGAUCGGUUCAAGCGCUGGAAGUCAGAGGGCCAUGGAGAAGAUUCAAGUUCUGGUGAUUCUGACAUUGAUGGAGACACGGAGGAUGGAGACCAGGGUCCAAUCUGGACAUUCCCACCAACUAUUCGUCCCAACUCCUUGAGCAAGCUGCACAAAGGAAUGGCUCUGCAUGGCUCCCAGAAGCCUACCGAGCCCAUCAAGAGGCAGCCACGGUCACAGUGUCUCUCCACGCUUGUUCACCCAGUCUUUGGGGAGCUUAAAGAUAAGCACAAGCAGACUGGAGGCAAUGUGGGAGCUAUGGAGGAGCUGGAGAACGCCUUUAGCUUGGCUGAGGAGUCCUGCCCAGGCAUCUCUGACAAACUGAUAGCACACAUGGUGGAGCGGGUACAAAGGUUUUCACACAGUCGGAACCACCUGACCUCUGCCCGCUGACACAGACAUUCCCUGCUGCUGUUUUAAGGGGGGGAAGGAUUUUUUCCAGCUUCAUAAGAACUACAUCUCUAAUCCAGACCACCAUCUGCUGUUGGAUAUAACAUUGUGUUACGGACUCCAGGACAUUUCAGAGCCUUCAUAUUACACGUGUUUCCAUGAUAACCCAGGGUGGGGUUCGCAAUGCAAGUACACUUUAGACCUUUUGCAGAGCCCAUGAUGGGUGGUCUAAUUGUUUUUACGAUGUAAUCAAUGCAGUUUUUAAUUGUUUCCCUAUGGAUGUAUCCAUGUUGGCUUGGUUUGAUUCACAGCUUGUUACUGAUAAAUGGCCGCCUGCUGGAAGAAGGGGAGAUUGUCUUCCCUUCAGCUAUGUUUCAAAGGCAAGUCCGAUGGGUUUAGCCUCCAGCCCUUCCUAAAGAAGUGUUUGUGAGCAGUGGUGUGUGAAUGCAGGUAUGUUUGCAAGCUCUAGAUGCACUACAGCCUCUGGGAAAGUUAGAACAGCUCUCCAGUUGUUCUGGAGGAUUGUUUCAACUCCUUCGUACACUAGUAAAGAGAAGCUUUUGAACUACAGCAGCAGACAGGAAAAAAGGUGUAGGUUGCUGCUGCUCUUUCCUAGCUUGUUUCACAAGAGGAUGGGUUUGUUGACUGCUGCUGUUCUGGCUUUGGGACAUCAUUUUGUAUUGAGCCUUGGUUUGUCUAAUUCAGGCAACAGCAGAACUCGCCUUGGGUCUCUAGUGGCUGGGCAAAGCGGUUGCAUUUGGUGUGGGAGCUGCUGGAGUUCCUUCCCUUGGUGCUUUCUGCACCUGAAGUGAUCAGGUACUCGGCUUUUGGCAGUCCUCACCUUUAAGCUUGGUGAACACCUCCUGCAUGUGCUCAAAUGGUGCAGAAGGAUUAAAAAGGGAGUGGGGGGGAACACGACAGCCAGAGACCAGUACUGCCAGGGCUUCAGUUCUGCCAGAGGCAGUACUACACUGUGUAGCAGUUCUUGAGGCAAGACGGCAAUUGGAGGGCUAGCAGCAGUGGUGUCUGUAGGCUGUGGUUGGGAGUUUGCAAAAAAAAAACUCUAGGCCUCCCUCCUCCUCUUGUCACUUCACCGCUCUUCCACCGCGGGCUCUUCCUUCAGCCUGGGAUGUAAUCCUGCUGAAGCCAGGGCUCUGCUCCAGUGUGGUGGUGUUUGCUAGCAGAGGGAUGAAAGUAUCUGCGGCCCUAGUGCCUGCUUAGAGGUAUUCCGGUGGGGCCAUCCCAAUUAGCUUUGCUUUCUGUAUAGUACUAGCUUAUAAAACAAGUUUUUAAUUCGGAUUGAGACCAUCUAUACUUUCAAGGUCUAGAAAAAGAGACUUAGGAUAAUAACUUCUGAUAGCUGGUUGCUUAGCAAUCUGCUCUCUAACUGUAAAGGUAUUCCCAUUAAGUCAGCAAGACCUUAGACAUGCAGAUCUUUCUGUCUGUUUGUGUGUGAAUGAUGUGGCUCACCCCAAAGCCACUGAGGACAAAAGCUGCAGCUGUUCAGCAUUAUUUUUUAAAGACAGAUAGGCCACAUUGUUAGUAGUAAGGCUUGGGUUUUGGUACUUGAGUCAGACCUGCAGAUUUUAAGCGCUGGGCUAAAAGUAGCUCAAAAGGAGCAUACAUUCCCUCAUCCCCAUGUGCUGCAUUCACUUUAGCUUAUGCCUGUCCUUUGCUGUUCCUCUCUGACGGGUAAAUACAGGCUUAGCAAACACUAUGCUCUCGCCUGGCAGAGAGAAGGUGCUGCUGUUUCAGCUUGCCGGACAGCUGCUGCGGAGUGGUGUUUCUCUGUGAGGUGAGCAGUCUUGGAACCUGUAUUUAUGAAGAACAGAACAAACCCAUUUUUUUCCCUCUGGAGGAGGAGGAGAAGUUGUUAAUGUGCAGAAACAAAACCUACUGAGGUGGAAGGCAGAGGCUGCAGCCUAGCAAAAAGGGCUCCUGCUGCUUUUAAAGUUGCUGUUCAUGACAGUAGCAAAUUGUGUCAGUAAGGUACCUUGUAUUAUUACUCACAUGCACUGCAGUGUAAUGAGUAAUUUUUUUUUAAGGAAACAAUCCCCACAAACUUUGUCCAGUAUUCAACAAUGGUUUUAGUUUUAAAAAACGUUGAAAGGGAUCUGCCACUUUCAAUAAAGUACUGAAA